AUGUCCACAACAAUCCAAGCGCGCACAACCUACCGCGCCCUCCUCCGCGAACUCCCACGCCGCCACCUCUCAAAUCCCUCCCCACUGCACCAACACCUACGCGCAAUCUUCCGCUCAACACCAUCAACAUCUUCACUGCAACCGGAAAACUCCAAUGCCCUCCCCUUCUCAGUCCCGAAAACAGACGAGGAACGCACCCUCCGCAUCCAGGAAGCAGAUCAAUUCGCUCAAUAUGCCCGCGCCCAGCGUGUCUACUGUGAGCUCCUUGAGCGCUAUAACCCCGGUAUGACCAUGGACGAGGAAGAGAAGAUUCGUCUUACGGCUAGACGGGUUGGGUUUGAUUUGCCUGAGUUGCAUGUUCCUGAGGGGAAGGAGUGA